AUGGCUGUGGGAAUUGAACAUGCCAGAGCUGGACUGGCCUGUCUGACCUGCAAGUCGGGCAAGCGACGAUGCGAUAAGCGGCUUCCAAUUUGCUCUCGAUGCAAGAAUCCCGCCAUCGGAAUGUGUCGCCCAGCCGACUCAACCAGUAGCAUUGGUGGAAAGCGUGUGGCCGGUCACGUGUAUGUCAUGUACGGUGCAUCGACGUAG